AUCACCUUGCCUUAUCUUUAUAGCUUAAAAACUCGAGAAAAAGAAGAGACCAACACUCCGGAAAAAAAAACAAGAGAGAGAUGGCAUCAUUGGCUCAGCAGUUCGCAGGCCUAAGAUGCCCGCCAAUAUCAAUUUCAAGACUGACAGAAAGAGCAGCGACAUUUUCAAAGCCAAAAAGGGCUGCGAACUUCGUUGUAACAGCAAAAGCAGUGGCAAUAUCAAAUGCACAAACCAAAGAGAGGGAAAAACUAAAACAACUCUUCGAAGAAGCUUAUGAACGAUGCCGUACUGCUCCGAUGGAAGGAGUUUCUUUUACUGUUGAAGAUUUUCAUUCUGCUCUUGAUGCUUACGACUUCAAUUCUGAGAUUGGCACCAGAGUUAAGGGGACAGUUUUUAUGACUGAUAACAAUGGGGCAUUGGUUGACAUUACUGCAAAAUCUUCGGCAUAUUUACCGGUGCAAGAGGCAAGCAUUCACAGAAUAAAACGCCUGGAAGAAGCUGGUAUAGUUCCUGGGAUGAGAGAAGAGUUUGUAAUCAUUGGUGAAAAUGAAGCUGAUGAUAGCUUAAUCUUGAGCUUAAGGUCAAUCCAUUAUGAACUUGCCUGGGAAAGGUGUAGGCAGCUUCAAGCUGAGGAUGUCAUUGUGAAAGGUAAGGUUGUUGGCGGAAACAAAGGUGGAUUAGUUGCAGUUGUUGAAGGCCUCAGAGGAUUUGUCCCUUUCUCACAGAUAUCAUCGAAAUCAACUCCAGAAGAACUUCUUGAUAAAGAGUUUCCACUAAAAUUUGUUGAUGUUGAUGAGGAGCAGUCUAGACUAAUCCUCAGUAACCGCAAGGCCAUGGCUGACAGUCAAGCACAGCUAGGUAUUGGAUCAGUGGUCACUGGAACUGUUCAGAGCCUCAAACCAUAUGGUGCCUUCAUUGAUAUUGGCGGAAUCAAUGGCCUUCUUCAUGUCAGUCAGAUUAGCCAUGAUCGUGUUUCUGAUAUUGCAACAGUUCUUCAGCCUGGUGAUACUCUCAAGGUCAUGAUUCUAAGCCAUGACCGUGAGAGAGGCCGAGUAAGUCUUUCUACCAAAAAAUUGGAACCCACUCCUGGUGAUAUGAUUCGCAAUCCAAAGCUUGUCUUCGAAAAGGCUGAGGAGAUGGCCCAGACAUUCAGGCAGAGAAUUGCCCAGGCAGAGGCUAUGGCUCGUGCUGACAUGCUAAGAUUCCAGCCUGAGAGUGGGCUAACUCUCAGCUCUGAUGGGAUCUUGAGUCCGCUUAAUUCAGACUUGCCUGCCGAAGGUUUAGACUUGAGUGAUGUUUCCCCGGCCGACGUAUCUGAUGGCAUUUCAGAGAAAGAGUCUGAUUGAGAUUUAAGCCUUCUGCUUCUCUAUUUUUUUCCUUUUCUUCUUCUUCUUGUUUUUUGGUGGGCGCGCGUGUGCAUGUAAAAUUGUUGUUCAAAUGGCACCCCUUCUGCAAAGGAAUUAGCGGCUACCCUUCUUUUCAA